UCCAAUAAAUACGGAAAUGGCUUCGAGAAGCUAAAAUUUAAUUACAGACAAUAGUUGUUUAAUUUUAAAUAAUGUCUUAAAUUUUUGUGUAUUAAAUAAAUAAAAAAUAUCGCGCCUCGUAAAAUAGAGCCAAUGUUUACAAAAGAGAUUUAAUUGUAUCCUUAAAUGAGUAGGUAAUAAUAUUAGAAUAAUAAUGUUAUUAAAAAACAAAGAGGAUCGAAAAUUAUGUUUUCAUUUUCCAAAGUGAUUUUUACGUAAACAUGGCAAGGGACGGUGAUGUUCCCACGAUUUUCAAUCCAAAACGCGUACGUGCGCCUUCGGUGAUAAUAACCAGUGAAGAAGUGGUAGAAAGCGAAAGAAAUUGCGUUGAUGGAGAUAGAGAAAGGCCAAACGGACCGCCGACGCCGCUCAGCCCUCGUGUUCCAUUGACGCCACAGGCCUCCGUUUGUUCGGCGCCUCCGCUAACAACUCAACCUUCACUACAACAAGCUUACAGCGAGUCAGCCACUAGUAGUCAAGACGAAGAGCGCCAGCUUCGUGAUAAAAAGUGCCCACGUUCGUGUUGCUCCAAAUUUGCUAAAAAAAUCUACUACGGCAUAUGUGUGAUGCUGACGCUAACUACAUCAUGGGUGACAACGACACAUUGUAUCAAACAUUUGUACCUAGAGGAAUAUCCUUAUAGUGGCUAUUUUUCUACUUAUACUACCGAAGCUGCUACAAUCGUACUCCAUAACAAUAGCACAGAUAAAUUACAUAAUAACCUUUAUAAAGCACCAUUCUUCACAGCCUGGUUUUGCACAAACUGGUUGAUAUUUUUCUAUCCUCUGUACAUCAUUGUGAUGCUCAUACAUAAUAAAUGUAAAUCGGCAAAUGAUGUUGUGUUUGAUGCAUUCAGCGAUUUCAAGGAGAAAGGAUUCACUUUUGCAAGAUUUAUUAGCCGCUGCGGACUCUUCUGUCUGUUGUGGGUGGUCACCAUCUACAUGUAUACAUACUCCCUGAAGAUCCUGUUGUCCACUGAUGUAGUUGCACUGUUUGCUACCAAUGUGUCUUGCAUCUAUCUGCUGUCCUGGGUGAUAUUGCAUGAACAGUUUGUCGGUGUCAGGAUCGUAGCCGCGAUACUGUGUGACACCGGUAUCGCUCUACUGGCGUACAUGGACGGCAUCACCGGGAGCUCCACCCUCGGCGGGGUCGUGCUCGCCGCGUGUGCUGCUGCAGGAUUCGCCAUCUUCAAGGUGCUGUUCAGGAAGGUAAUGGGCGAAGUGAACAAUGGUCAACGUGCGUUGUUCUUCUCGAUUCUGGGCAUAGUGAACGCCUCGUUGCUGUGGCCCGUGUGCUUAGCCCUCUACCUCACCGGUACGGAGACCUUACCCUCGCAUCGGAUGCCGUGGAUAUACCUGCUGGUUGCGAGCUUCGCUUUACUCGUUUUCCAUUUGGUAUUCCAGUUCGGAAACAUAAUAACUUACAAUAUAUUCGUUUCGCUCGCACUCAUCACAGCGGUACCUGUCUCGGCGGCGCUCGACGUGGUGCUGUACGGGGUUGAGUUCGAAGGUAUGAAGCUGGCCGGGAUCGUGCUCAUCGUUGUGGGCUUCUUCCUCGUCAUGCUCCCGGACAACUGGCCCGAUUACAUCAUGAGGCUCUUGAGAUGGUCCCGGCGGCGCCAGCGCGGAGGAGGCGGCUCGUCCCGCGGGCGCGACGCCACCGACUACCGCACCGGGUACAUCCGCUCGCACCUGCGCUCGCCGUCCGGCCGCGUGCGGUGACCGCCCUGCCGCCCCCCGCCCCCGCCCCCGCCCCCGCCCCCGCCCCCGCCCCCGCACCUACCGUCCACGACAGACGUGCGCUUAGAAGGUAGUAGUCGCUAACCAAGAUAGUUCAACUCGGGGCGUAUGAUCUUUUUAAUAUGUUUAGUAUAAUCGACGCUUGAAAGGCAAACGUGACUAAUCGACAAUAACUGUUUUGCACAUAAAUGAUAGGCAAUAACCAUAUUCUAUGC